UGGAUUCCAGCUCACCGCAGCAAUUUGAAGCUUAAAAAAAAAAAAAAAGACCAGAACUAAACCAAAUCCCAUUAUUCACCAUAAUGGCGAUUUUAGGUAUUGCGAAAUCGAAGGCUCCACUGCCAUCACUUUUAUUUUGUUUGACAAUGUGCGUGUGUGUUCUUGAGUUGACUACGGCCACAAUCCAAGGGUACAUUGGAGAAAAAGACCCGAUAUGCCCAAAUGUGUGUCGAUGUGAUGAAUACUUUAUCUACUGUAACGAUCGUGGCCUGAGCUCCAUCCCCUCACUGCCUGCUUCUGCAUCUGUCCUUUACCUUCAAAACAACCAGAUCAAUAACCCAGGCCUUCCCACUUCCUUGGAACGCCAGCUCACCGUACGUGUCGUCUACCUCUAUGACAACGAACUGGAUGAAUUCCCCGUGCACUUGCCACCAUCGGUCCGUGAGCUUCAUUUGCAAGACAAUAACAUCCGCACCAUUCCUCGAAGUGCUCUGGCUCGGAUGCCCCUUCUGGAGAAGCUCCAUUUGGACGACAACUCCAUUUCCACAGUCAGCAUUGAGGACCAGGCUUUUGCGGACAACCCACGAUUGCGCCUUCUUUUCCUUUCUCGGAAUCAUCUGUCUAGCAUCCCCUCAGGUUUGCCCGCAUCUCUUGAAGAACUGCGUCUGGAUGACAACCGGAUCUCCACUAUCCCCACACAUGCCUUCCGUGGUCUCGGCUCACUUCGAUGUCUUGUUUUGGAUGGGAAUCUUUUGGCCAAUCAGCGCAUCGCCGAUGACACAUUCUCACGCCUCUCUAACUUGACAGAGUUGUCGUUAGUACGUAACUCCCUCCAGACCCCGCCUGUCAACCUUCCUAGUGCCCAUCUCCAGCGCUUGUCCCUGCAAGAGAAUGCCCUGAUUCACAUGCCUCGCGGUUCUUUGGAUGGCAUGCACAGGCUGCAAAGACUGGACCUCUCUGGAAAUAACCUCACCACCCUGCCGCGUGGACUCUUCAAGGACCUGGACAAUUUAGGUCAGCUUCUGGUACGAGGUAAUCCUUGGCACUGUGGCUGUAACCUGCGUUGGCUUUAUGAUUGGUUACAUGCCCGUGGUAACGCAAUCACAGUGAGAGGUCUCACCUGUCAUGGGCCUGAAAGGGUACGAGACAUGGCCUUGAAAGACCUAACAUCUGAGAUGGAGGAAUGUGAAGUGGUGAGGACAGCUGGGACUAAAGACAGAGCAGGUCUUGGUGGAGGAGACACUUCUACGACCAAUACACCCCCUCAAGGGUCUCUCUUUACCCUGCGGUCAAAGAGACCUGGUCUGGGACUUCCUGACUCUGGCUUGGACUACACGCUCAGUAGCAGCGGUGUCGGAAAGAGUCUGGCUCUCAACGUUAAGCCUCUCUCUCAUAACAGCGUCCGUGUUACCUGGAGCGUAGCACAGCCGAGUUCGUCCUUCCGACUCAGUUGGCUCCGACUAAGUAUCGGUAAUGCCAUGGGGUCGAUCACUGAGACGUUGGUCCGAGGCGAUCGUCGGGAAUAUCUGCUUACCUCCUUGCAACCGCGCUCCAGCUACAUCAUCUGCAUGGUGCCCAUGCCAGCCAGCUCAGAAAAUAAAGUUGGGGUUUCAGGAGACGCUGAGGCUGAUGAAGCUCAAGUGUGUGCAAAAGCUGAAACUUCUGAUCCUAGUCCUUCAGAGGAAGACGAAGAUAAUAACUCACAACCUAUGGCGGUCCUGCCGUUGACUGGAAUCAUUGGUGGAGCUACUGCCAUUGUAUCUUUGGCUCUCAUUUUUGCCAUCUUUUGCUGGUAUGGUCACAGGAGUGGUCACUUAUGUUCCCGAGAUCAUUACACACGUAACAGCUCCCGCAAAAGCAAGAAUUACGACGACUACAUCGAGUCAGGCACCAAGAAAGACAAUACCAUACUAGAGAUCCGUGGUCCGGGAUUACAGAUGACACCGAUGGCAGCUUGCCAACCCAUCCAACCUAAACCCCUACAAGAGGAUUACAUCAUUCAUACCAUAUUCCCAUCGAAUGGCACCGGCCUUUACAAAGGUUCCAAUCAUAUGUCGAAUGCAAGGCAAAGCAUCAACAGAGGCUAUAGAGAAGGAGGAAUUCCAGAUAUAGACUACUGUUACACAUGAUGUACUGUACUGUACCAGAUCCUGACCACGGAAUGGUUGGUAAACUGUAUCAGAUGCACAAUAUUCCUUCACAUGGACACUUCAGAAGCACCCUUCUGUGCCUUUGACUUCUGGUCUCCCAUUCCAUAUUACCUGUGGUUUUCUGCACUAAGGGUACAGUGUGUGAUUAUCUGGACCUGAAACUGUGUGGGAACAAUUCACCGCAGAGAGCAGACUAAAUAACCAGUGGACCAUUUCUUUACAUCUUAAGAAUGGCUCGUGUUACUGUGGAUGGUCCCUCUCUGUGAUUAUGUAAGCUAAGAAUGUAUACACUGUGGAAAGACUUUUUGGUUCUCAAUCAGGAGCCGCUAAAUGGAAGUUGUGAUGAACAGACAUUUCCGAUUCUCAUCCCCAUCUGUUACAGUUAUGAAAUUUGAUCAAAUCAUUAUUCCAAACGCCUCAAUUCUAUCAUUGUGCCCUACAAGCUAUUCUAGGAAAAGGGCUUUGUAAAGCUGUGAAUUGUUCAAAUUCAAAAAUGAAAUAACCACUUGUCUUAAGGUAAAGCUUUUUCAGUUUGGGGCUGGUUGGAGAUCUUUACUGGAUAUCAACCUUGGUUAAAACUCGGAUCAUUUAUACUCAAGCGUGUUGCGCUAAGAUGCAACAUUAAUGUGUAGAUAAUUAAAUUUGGUAUUGAUUGAAUUAUGUGUUCUUUGCUUUUAAACGAUUGGCUUUUGGCUAUCAUGUCAUGCUGCACUGUUUUUAAUUUAUUUUUGUUGCAUAUGUUUUGUGUUUUUAUGUGUACACUGAAAUGAUUUUUAACUCUUCACCCUCAUAUUUGUCUCUAUUUAUGAAAAACACUUUUGAAAAAUUGUUUUAUCUAAAUAGAAAACCCCCAGCCGCCGGGUUUCUACAAUAUAUGUAUUUUUCAAUAAGACCACAUGCAAAUUACACCUCAAGGCAGCAAACCCCAAUUUGGCAUUUGUGGAAUUCUGAUGAUUAGGUACGCUUGUUGACAACUAUAUUCUGGAAGUUAAGUAAAAAAUAAAUAAAUAUUGGGAGCUUCCUUUGUGAAACAAAUCCUUGGGGAAAUGGGAUAAAAAAAAAAAGAAAGGUGGCAUCUCACUCUACGAGCGAGCGACUUGUGGAGUCGUUCAAAGACGGGGUGAUGAAAAAGGUUUAUCGCUGUUUGUUUUUUGGAUGGUAAAAGACUCAUUUUGACAUUUUUAUUACCUAGUGGCACUGAAAAUGUAUUAGCACUUAGGAAUGAAGAGGAAUAAAUGUAAUGAGAGACACGCUAGCGGGUAAAGUUAUUUCUCAAGGCACUGACAAAAGACAGAAUUGAUAGCUUUGUCAUGAUCAAAUUCACACAUGCAUCAAUAUUUUUGUCAUUCACAAAUAGCUGCGAAUUGAGCCUUGGGCUUCAUGUUGUUUACUUCCAAAGGGGAAACCAAUUGUGCUUCCUUGAUUGUUUGCUCUGCCACAGUUGUCAUGUCGGAGUCAUUUUCUUGCACCCAAAAACUAGAAAUAGCAGCAGCUCAUGAUUCAAUUUAAAAGAUUGUUGAUCAAUAUUCUGUCAUUGCUAUUUUGCAGUCAUAAUGAACUAGAGAUGUGCAUACUAAUCAAUUUAUCGUUUAGCAGAGCUGCCGUUGAUUCAGUCGAAAAAAAAUUAUGGUGUAAACAAGAAAAAUGUGGGAAUGUGAGUUGCAGCAUUCUCACGUCCUCCGGGUAGCAUUUGUCAAUACGAGACUGGAAAAAACAUUCGGCGGGAGCGAUUCUAUUAUAUAGUAUAAUUAAUUCGGAAUUGAUUACCCCAGAUAGUCAAUAAAAAAAAUGCCAUUCCCUCAUACAUUCCUUCUCAGCAUUUGUAUAAAUAUGGCCACAACCACACAAUAUAUUUUUUUUUCACUGAAAUUAUCGAAAGGUAAAGGGUGCCAUAAAUUUGUGUCAAAUGGAUUUGUGUGAAAUCAGAUGGAAUGAAUAAAAGGUUUAUAAAUCUUGUUAUUAUUGAAAGCUGGAAUUUUACUU